AUGCUUCCUCUUCGUUCGUUUCUCGUUUCCGUUUUUGCCUUUUUUCUAUCUAUUUGCAUCCCCUCCUUUGUCUUUGCCCAAGAUGCUUCCACCAUCAUCUCUUCCUCGACCUCUUCUACUACCUACAGAGCUUUACCAACUCCUUCCGUCGCUACUCUUGGAAUCCCACAAACUCCUUCCGACCAAGAGCCUUAUCGUGGUUCCAACUGUCCUGGCUAUCGCGCCUUGAAUGUAUCCGAAUCUUCCAGCGGGGUGCUUGCUAUUCUUGCUCUUCGCGGUCCUCCUUGUUAUGCUUACGGAAAUGACUACUCCCAUCUACUUUUAAAUGUCUCCUACGACACAGUAGACCGGAUCCAUAUUUCCAUUUCCGAUCUUCAAGGCAAACAGUUUCGUUUUACCAACCGCUCUGACGUUUGGGAUGCUCCUCUCUAUCAUGAUUUGACUCAUCCUUCCAAUCGUUCUUACUCCUUCUUCUACAACUCUGAUCCAUUUGAGUUUUGGGUUGUCAGAACUACUGAUAAUGAAGUCUUGUUUGACUCUCGUGGCCAUCCCCUUAUUUUCCAAGAUCAAUACAUCGAACUCACCACCAACAUGGUCGAAAACUAUAAUCUUUAUGGCCUUGCAGAGACCGUUCAUGGUCUUCGUCUCGGUAAUAAUCUAACUAGAACCUUCUGGGCUAACGGUGACCCUACCCCUCUUGAUCAUAAUGCCUAUGGUACUCACCCAUUUUACUUGGAACAAAGAUACAGCCCUGACCGGAAUGCUUCUUCUGGAAAUCAAACCGAAUACCAUUCUUCUUCCCAUGGCGUCCUCAUGCUUACCGCGAACGGCAUGGAAGUCCAAUUGCGUCCAAACUACUUACAAUACCGUAUGAUUGGUGGCGUAAUCGAUUUAUACAUUUACAUCGGAGGUUCUGACGAUCCUAAAAAAACGGUUUCCCAGUUCGUAAAGUCUAUCGGAACACCGUCCAUGCAGCAAUACUGGACUCUCGGGUUUCAUAUUAGCAGGUGGGGUUAUUCUAAUGUCUCUGAUAUUUUGGAUGUCCGUAAAGGAUUUUCCGAUUUUCAAAUCCCUGUCGAUACAUUUUGGAAUGAUCUUGACUACAUGUAUAUGUAUAGAGAUUUUACGGUUGAUCCAAUUUCCUAUUCCAAAGACAGCAUGAUCGAUUUUUUCAAAUCCAUAGAGUCCACCCACCAACACUAUGUUCCCAUUAUCGAUGCCGCUAUAUAUGCUGCCAAUCCUAACAACAAAAGUGACGAUUCCUACUACCCAUAUUAUAAAGGAAUCGAGGAUGACGUCUUUAUAAAAAAUCCAAACGGAUCCAUUUACGUGGGAAACGUUUGGCCUGGUUAUACAGUAUUCCCCGAUUUCACAAAUCCUGCAAGCAGUACGUACUGGAAAGAUUGCCUUCUUAAUCUUACUCACGACUUUGGGGCAAAUUCUACUUCAUUCCCUACAUAUACUGGUUUAUGGAUUGAUAUGAAUGAGCCAACUUCAUUUUGCGUUGGUUCAUGUGGUUCAGGUCGCUUGGAUGAAAAUCCAGUGCACGUCGCCUUCGUUCUGGAAGGCGAGACAAACAACGUUGUUUACACAUAUCCAGAAGGUUUUAACAUCACCAAUGCUACUGAAUAUUCGUCCAUUUACACAUCUUCUCUCUCUCAAUAUCAUGCUACUGCUACCUCAAGUUUAGAGAUAGUUAAGGCCUCGCCUACUCCCAUGAAUGUCAAGCCGGAGUAUAAUAUAAAUAAUCCGCCAUAUGCACUCAGCAUCGAACAAGGUAAUGGUGAUUUGGCCAAUGAAGGACUCAGUACAAAUGCUACUUACUUUGAUGGUACCGUAAGAUAUAACCUAUUUAAUAUAUACGGUUAUGGAAUGGCAAAAGCAACUUACGGUGCUUUAUCUUCCAUCUACGAGAAUAAGCGACCUUUUAUUUUAAGUCGCUCCACCUUCUUGUCUUCUGGAAGAUAUGCUGCUCAUUGGUUGGGCGAUAAUUAUUCUUUGUGGUCAAACAUGUUCUUUUCCAUUCCCGGCAUGCUUACAUUCAACAUGCUCGGUCUUCCAAUGGUUGGUGCUGAUGCUUGCGGUUUUAUGGGUAAUACUGAUGAGGACCUAUGUUCGCGAUGGAUGGCUAUGGCGGCAUUUUCUCCAUUUUUCAGAAAUCACAAUAGCUUAGGUUCUAUAUCUCAAGAACCUUACAGAUGGGAAUCUGUCGCCGAAUCUUCUAGGAGAGCUAUGAGCAUUCGCUAUUCUCUGCUGCCUUAUUGGUACACUUUGAUGAAAGACGCUCAUAGUGACGGAUUCCCAAUGUUACGAGCAUUGUUUUUUGAAUUUCCAAAUGAGAAAAAUUUAGCCGCUGUUGAUAGACAGUUCAUGGUCGGUGACGCACUAUUGAUUACACCAGUACUUGAACCAAACGUUAGUCACGUUCAAGGAGUUUUCCCUGGUAACAGCAGUACGAAAUGGUAUGAUUGGUACAAUCAUACAGUUAUUGAAAGACAACCUGGUGAAAAUGUUACACUGUAUGCUCCCUUGGAGCAUAUUAAUGUCGCAAUUCGAGGUGGAAAGAUUAUCCCCCUCCAAGUGCCGGCUCUCACAACUUAUGAGACGCGCCAAAACCCGUUCAAUCUUUUAGUUGCUCUCGAUUCUAACGAAUUUUCAGAGGGAACAAUGUACACUGAUGACGGUGAAUCCAUCACUCAAAACAGCACUUUGACAACCAAAUUCCUUUGUAGUUCUAAUCGACUGUCAAUCUCAUCAGUUGGUGAUUAUCAUGUGCAGAAUCCCUUGGCUAAUGUUACUGUGCUUGGUCUCUCCCAAGCACCCAACAAAGUUAAGAUUCAAAACAGUGAAAUUCACACCUUUUCCUAUAUAAAUGCAACAAGGGAACUUGUUAUUACUAAUUUGGAGAAUUAUACCAUGAACGGUGCUUUUUCAUCCAAUUGGACGAUUUCAUGGUAA